CUGUAUAACUCCAGUGGCCGUGACCUGAGGAGGGCACUGUUUUCCCUCAAGCAGAUAUUCCAGGACGAUAAGGACCUGGUUCAUGAGUUCGUUAUGGCUGAAGGUCUGACGUGUUUGAUCAAGGUCGGCGCUGAAGCGGAUCAGAACUAUCAGAACUACAUCCUCAGAGCUCUGGGUCAGAUCAUGCUGUAUGUGGACGGGAUGAACGGGGUCAUAGGUCACACCGAGAUCAUCCAGUGGCUCUACCUGCUCAUCGGCUCAAAGUUUCGUCUGGUGGUCAAGACGUCUCUGAAGCUGCUGCUGGUGUUUGUUGAGUAUUCUGAGUCCAACGCACCGCUGCUCAUCCAGGCCAUCAACACUGUGGACUCUAAGAGAGGCUGUAAGCAGUGGUCAAACGCCAUGGAGAUUUUAGCAGAGAAGGACGGUGUGGACACAGAGCUGCUGGUCUAUGUGAUGACGCUUAUUAACAAGACGCUGGCGGCGCUGCCCGAUCAGGACUCGUUCUAUGAUAUGGUGGAUGUUCUGGAGGAGCAGGCCAUGGAGAGCGUGUGUGGCCGUUAUCUGGGCCGUAAGGGAACGGAUCUGGAUCUGCUGGAGCAGCUCAGCGUCUACGAGGCCACUCUGGGGCACGAGGACGGCGCUGAAGACGCUCGCCGGGACAGACGGGCCGAGGGGCGGGGCUUGCAGAGACGCCGCAGCCGCAGGCAUUCAUUGGGCAGAUCAGGCCACGCCUCCCCGCUCAGCCCCGCCUCCCCACACCGCGCAAACUUCCAGCCGUUUAACGGACAGGAGCUCAACGAGAGCACAUCAGAGCACAGCAGCAAACUCACACCUGAGGAGGAGGAGGCGGAGCCGAGGAAGGCCCCAGAGGCCCCGCCCCCUCCUGACUCCGCCCAGCCGUCGCUCCUGGCCAAUCUGCUGGCACAGCGCCGGUCGUCUGUCAGCGUCCCGCCGUCCAAUGAGAGCAGCCCUCCGCUGCGAGGCUCCGCCCACAUGCCGUACCUGCCCCACUCGCCCUUCUUCCUGUUCUCCUACGAUCUGCAGGAUCAGGAGAGCAGCAGGUCGUUCUCUGCUGUAAGUUCUUCAUCCACGGCAGCCAAACAGCACAAUGACCGGCCUGCUCUGGGCGGCCUGCUGUCGUCCUCGUACCGGCAGCAUCAGGAAUCUCUGGCGGCGGAAAGAGAGAGACGACGGCUGGAGCGAGAGGAGCGACUGCAGCGCAUCGAGAGAGAGGAGCGCAACCGACACAGUCGGGACUACGUGUCCAACAUGGAGGAGGCCAGACACGCUCGAGAGGAGAGGUUUCGGACGGCCGAGCGACUGGCGGACGAAGAGUUUGAGCGAGAGCGAAUGCGUUCUGCGCCUCGAGGUCUCAGCCUCACUCUGAGCCCGACGGACACCUGUCAAUCAUCCCGCAGUGCCACGCCCUCCUCUGUGACAUCACAGGACGAGCAGGACACGCCCAUCACGUCGUACCCGCCCUCUGAACCAGACACCAAUGAUCUAGAACCGGACGUGGAGGCCAGUCUAGAACCCGAGGAGAAGGACAUAGAACCCAGAGAGGAACAGGAAGAGGAAGUGGAGGAGAUAAGUGCUGAACAGGAAGUGGGCGGAGCCGAGGAGCGGGCGGAAGAGGAAGAGGAGGGGUCUGAAAGGGAAGCGCCGGAUGGAGAAGCGGAGGACAGCGGGAUCUUGAGUGAUAAAGAACGACAGAACGAAGAAGUGAACGAGAAGGAUAACUGCUCCGCCUCCAGUAUAUCCUCAGCCAGCAGCACACUAGAAAGAGAAGAUCGACUCACUGCAGGCGGAGCGGACACGGGUCAGAGCGUCAGAGACGUGAAUGAACAACGAAACAAGAUCCUCGACAGCAAGCUCUUCAUGCUGGACAUGCUUUACUCGCAGAGCAAGAAACCCUCAGAGGAAGACGAGGACGAAGACGAGCUGGCCGAGGACAAAGAGCGAGAUGCAAAAGAAAAGGCUGAGGAUUCGUCGCAGGACGCGACGCCUCGGGAAGAGAACGAUGCUAUGAAUGAAGAAGACAUUAAAGUCGCGAACCAGAGCAACGUGCGAUCGUUUGCCGAGCGCUUCGGAGACAUCGUGAAGGGUCUCACCUCUCCACCAAUAGAAACGCAGGAACCUCCUCCUCCUCCUCCGCCGGCUCCGAAGAAGGAGUCGGACUGCAUCUGGGACCAGCUGAUGGCGAAUCCGCGGGAUCUGCGCAUCGGCGACAUCGACUUCACCGAUCUGGGAGACGAGGAUGACCAGGAUGUCCUGGACUCUGGGAGUUUAUACAGCUCUGGCGAUCUGCAGGCUCCGCCCCCUCCGCCACCUCCCUGCCCCUUUAACCUCCCGGCCCCACCCCCUAUGUUCGGCUGUCCUCCGCCCCCUCCCAUGUUCAGCAUUCGCUCGCCUCCGCCCCCUCCAUGCUUCUCCAGCCAGGCUCCGCCCCCUCCCUGCUUCUCCAGCCAGGCUCCGCCCCCUCCUCAGCAGCAGACGGAGCAAGCGCCGCUCUUCCAGAAGAGGAAGAAGACCAUCCGCUUGUUCUGGAGUGAAGUCCGGCCCGCCGACUGGAUCUACCGCAACCACAAACGCAGCCAAGAGUCGCUCUGGUCCAGACUUGAACCUGUCAAACUUGACACGGCUAAACUUGAACACCUGUUUGAGAGCAAAUCCAAAGAGAUGCCCGUGACUAAGAAAACGGCAGCGGAUGGGAAACGGCAGGAGAUCAUCAUUCUGGACUCCAAACGCAGCAACUCCAUCAACAUCGGUCUGACGGUUCUUCCCCCGCCGCGCACCAUCAAAACCGCCAUAAUGAACUUUGACGAGUACGCGCUCAACAAAGAGGGCAUUGAGAAAAUCCUGACAAUGAUUCCCACGGAGGAAGAGACGCAGAAGAUCCAGGAAGCUCAGCUAGCGAAUCCUGACAUUCCGCUGGGCAGCGCAGAGCAGUUCCUGCUGACACUGUCCUCCAUCAGUGAGCUCUCUGCACGCCUGCAGCUCUGGGCCUUCAAACUCGACUAUGAAGCCACCGAGAAGGAAGUGGCCGAGCCACUACAGGACCUGAAGGAGGGCAUGGAUCAGCUGGAGAAGAACAGAACGCUGCGCUUCAUAUUUUCGACUCUGCUGGCGAUCGGAAACUUCCUAAACGGCUCCAGCGCCAAAGGCUUCGAUCUGACGUAUCUGGAGAAGGUCCCUGAGGUGAAGGACACAGUUCAUAAGCAGUCGCUCCUGCAUCACGUCUGCAGCAUCGUGGUGGAGAACUUCCCCGACAGCACAGACCUGUACUCUGAGAUCGGCGCCGUCACACGCUCCGCUAAAGUGGACUUCGGCCAGCUGCAGGAGACUCUGACUCAGAUGGAGUGGCGCUGCAAAGCAUCAUGGGACCACCUGAAAGUCAUCGCAAAGCACGAGAUGAAGCCGGCGCUGAAGCAGAAGAUGUCGGACUUCCUGAAGGACUGCGCCGAGAGAAUCAUCAUCCUCAAAACUGUCCACCGCAGGAUCAUGAACAGGUUUCACUGGUUUCUGCUGUUCCUGGGUCAGCCGGCGUACAGCGCUCGUGAGGUCAGCGUGACUCGGUUCAGUAAGCUCCUCAGUGAGUUCGCUCUGGAGUACCGCACCACUCGCGAGCGCGUCCUGCAGCAGAGACAGAAGCGCGCCGAUCACAGAGAGAGGAACAAGACGCGAGGGAAGAUGAUCACAGACCUCAGCACACAGGUGAGAUACGCACACCUGCACACU